CGUCGUGCCUCUUUGUUAGAAACCCGACACACAUAUUCCAUUUCGUGCCGUGGAAUUAAUCGUUGUCACUCAGACAUGCUAACGUGGUGGUUAUGGGUGGUAUACGUCGCCGUGGCGUAUCAAGGCACGGUCGUUUCCUCGAGGAAUUUGGUAGACAAACUGCAAGUGGUUUACGAAUGGAAGUACUUCGAUUUCGACUUUGGCAGCGAGGAGAAGAGACAAGCAGCCAUUAAAUCCGGGGAGUACAACUACACGAAGUCGGCAUCCAUAGAUGUGGAUCGAUGGAAAGACAAGACUUUCGUCACGAUAAUAAGAGACGAUGGCGUGCCCUCGACUUUGAACGUCGUGACUGACAAGCAAAGCGACAGUGGUCCUCUUCUGAAACCCUAUCCAGACUGGAGCUGGGCAAAAAUUGGAAACUGCUCUGGUAUAGUGAGCGUUUACAGAGUUGCGAUCGACAAGUGUGACAGAUUGUGGGUCCUAGACACAGGCAUCUUAGGUGAGACAACCGUUUGCCCUGCCAAACUCUUCGUCUUCGAUCUGAACACCUCGAAGUUGCUGAAACAGAUAAAGAUACCGGAUAAUAUCGCUUACAACACCACCAUAAAGAACGGAUUGCUGGUGACUCCGAUUGUUCAAACUUUUGGUUCACGGUGUGAACACACUUAUGUAUACAUAGCAGAUGUCCAAGGAUACGCUUUAAUACUUUAUGAUGGUCAUUCCUUCCGACGAUUCACAUCCAGUGCGUUCGACUUCGACCCAAGAUACACCACGUACACGAUCGAGAACCAGAGUUUCCAUUUGGAUGACGGAAUCCUGGGAAUGGCUCUAUCUCCGCGAACGCAGAGACUUCACUUCAGCCCCAUGUCUUCUCACAAUCUAGCAUCCGUUGACACGAAGCAGUUCUUGCUUUCGGGAAGCAACAACGUUCAGUACCGAGUGGGUAGCGGUAUUCUAUGGACCCAGGCUAGUGCUAAAGCGGUGUCAAGAACCGGAACCGUUUUCUUCGGCCUCGUCAGUGACACCGCGAUUGGGUGCUGGAACGAGAAUCGUCAACUGAGCAGAAAGAAUAUCGACGUCGUCGCGAAGAAUCACGUGACCUUGCAGUUCAGCAGUGGUAUGAAGAUCAAAAACUUGGGUCGCAGAGAAUACAUGUGGGUAAUGACAAACAGGUACCAAAAGUUAGCAACGGGCACCACGAAUUUCACUGACGUGAACUUUCGAAUUCUGAAAGCGGACGUGAAAGACCUAAUCAAAAACACCUGCUGCAUGCCACCCGAUGAACCGUAAAUCCAUUGACAAAUUCCUGGUCGAUGCGAACCAAGUAUUAUCCAUAGUUCUUUGCGUUGUAACAGUGUGAAAUAAAAUGUGAAUUCACAACGUUUCCCAA